CCAUUGGGCUGUCAAGGAACUUAAGACAUGCACAAUCCGGUACUUGAUAAGGCCAUCUCGCAUUAAGCUGUCGCGUGACUCUUCUAUUUUCGGACUCUCAACUACUCCUACAUGUCCGUCAAUCGUGAUUCGUUCCGCCGUUCCCGUUCCCUCUCCCGCUCCGAUGCUGAAGCGCCGAGGCCCAUCCCCAUUCAUCAAAUAAGAGAGAGGCUCCCGCCGCCGACCUUCCCACAAUCCUUCUUUCGGGUCUUUAAAUUGUGGGCCGACGUACUCUUCGCAUUCCUUCGCGGCAUAAACGAGACCGAGACGCCGACGCUGAUAUUACAUUGUUUUUUCAGACAUAUUGACAUGGCCGACGAGGCCGGUGGUAUCCUCCACAUUACAUCAUCUCUCAAGAUCUCAACACUGGUCAGUCACCAGUGUUCACCGUCAGCGCGGAUCAGCGCGGAGAGUUCAACUUCGGCCGAAUGGUGCCACCUCUUUUUUAGGUUGUCGGGUAUUGUUGUGCGCGCGCUUAAAGUAGGCGCUUGAAAUACGGUUUCGUCCGAUUUCAGACGCAUCUUUCUUCCCGUCUU